AUGAGUGCCAUAGCGUUGAGCGGACCCAUUGACGGCUCAACCGAUGCGGCUGUUGCGGUGAUCGGCAGCCGACGCACCGAAGAGGACAUGUCUCGCGCCGAGUGUCUCGCGUACGACGAGAAUGUGCGCAAAACCAUUGAGAACUGUCAGACCGCUCAGGCCAUGAUCGACAUCAACGCCAAACACUUGGAGGGGUUGCGCACCGAGUGUGCCAUCAGCGCAGAGCUCACCCAAAACGAGAUCCGCAAUCUUGAGACAAAACUCGUUAAACUCUUCAGCCGACAACUGGUGGCCAAGAAGAAGUGCCACGAAAGCCAUAAUAUCUCCGAACUCAGGCCAUACCCGCAGCUGAGACAGUGGCUAAGAGUUGUCGGUUUGGGCGAGAAGUCCAUCAAUGCGAUUUGCAAUCGGAUCACGAGUUUCGACGCAUUACUCAAGUCGUCGGAGCAGCAAAUGAAAGACAUUUUGCGCGAAAACGAGUCGCACGAGGAGGAGAUCCGGCGGAUACUGACGGCCCUCAAGAACCUGAAGCUCUCGUUUGACAAACUCAUGGCCGGCGAGUUCCCUCUGGAGCUGGACCUGCACUGGGACUCGUGGGACAGGACCACGUCGGCCACCGGCGCCACCACAACGAACACCGCGUCGCUCACGUCGUCGUCGGCGACGGCGUCGCCGCGAAUCAUCCGAAACCGAACGGCGCGGACAUCCGUACCGUCGGAGGAGACGCUGAGGAGUAGCCCACUGUCGCCGCCCCAGUCGGCCGGCCUCUGGUCCUCGCAAACCGGUUCCUAUAUAUUGAACGCAAACAGCACGACGCCGACGGGCGACAGGAGGACAACGCCGCCGCCCACCCCUCCCGUCGUCAACAAGAAGAACGGGAACUCUGAGCGCAAGUUUCCGACGACACCGCCGCCAAAGAUCCGGAACCUGUUGGCCGACCCCUUCCCGCUCACCAAAAGCAAGUCUCAUGAGGAACACCUCGCCAACCGAAUCGAGCCCUUAGACCCGGCUGUUGCUAACCAUUUGCUACUCAAGUAUAUAAACAAUGCCAAUCAUAACCACCACAACAGUCUGGACAACCUGCCGGCCCAUCAACACCGGCGCCGGUUGGCCACCGAACCGGGCUUAGGGCACACGUCGCCCAUCAUGACGUCGCCGUCCCGGUCGCCGCCAGUGGUGAGUCCCGACCAACAGCACGACAACUGCUUCGUAGACACGCCGGUGGCGCCGCGAUCGCCCCGUUCCCACGGCAUGGCUCACUCCAUACACCACCGGUUCAGCACCACCAUGAAGAUCAACAGCACCUGUAACCUGUGCGAGAAGCCUAUGUUCAUCGGUUAUAAGUGCAAGGAAUGCAAGUACCGGUGCCAUCGAGACUGUGUCGACAAAGUGCCCAACUCUUGCGGUCUGCCCAACGAGUUGGUCGACGUGUUUAAGCAGACGAUAAACUGUGAGGAGCGCCGUUCGCCGGUAGUGUUGGCGCAACACUUGCAGAACAUCGGCGGCACCGGUAGUUCGCGGACUCAAAGUGAGAUACUCGGCCGAAAGGCCCACAACAAGAAGCGGACCCACAACUACAACCAGCCGAUGAUAAACCUGCCCUCCUUUGCCGGCCACGACUCCUCGUCCAACACGUCGUCGUGCAACUCGUCGACGCCCUCAUCGCCGGCCCUCAUCUACCCGUCGAUGGCGUCCACCCAAACGCCCCCUCAGUCGGCCUCCAUUGUGGGCUCGCGUGUACAACAGUUCCAGUUUCCGGAGAUUUCCUACGCGAAUACCAUUCCAUUUCACGACACCUACAGCACCACCACCACCAUCGACGGCAUCACCAUUGAGACCAAACCGUUCAGCGAGAGUGAGGUGAUCGACACCCAGAAGAGCACCGAUAGCGACAAAACAGUGUCGGGAACGUCCGGCUCCGGCAGCACGGACUCGGAGAAGACGCUGGCCGGCCGUGUGGACACGCACGAAAGGACCGAAUUUAGCAAAUUAUACGAAAUCCUGACGCGUCUGCCGAAGAAGCGGCUGCAGAGGAGUCCAUCGCAUCCCAUACAUCUGUUGCGAUCCGCGGAAUCGCUUUUCUAA